AUGGCCACGUUCGCCUACUCGCCUCUGACCCAUCAGGAUGACAUCCGAGUCCUGACGCUACACCCUAGCGCCGACAGCCAACGUCCCCUCGAGGGGUCCAUAAGUCACAUCCGACUCCCCAGCACCGCGCGGCCCUCGUUCCCAGCCGAUCCACCCCCGCCGCGGAGGACGAGGGCUCUGUGCGACACCUUCGAGGAGCUCAUGCAGAAAUCGCGCCGCGGUGCCCCCUCUGAGGACUCGGGCGGCACCGUUUGGGAAUGGUCGCUUUCCGAGAAGUGCAAGAAGUCCGUCCGGCGGGUGAUCCGCGGGAGGGAAAUGGUCCUCGAGUACCCGGUCCUGGCGUACCAGUGCGCGCGCGUCGACUACGCGCCGUUGGCGUACGACGCGCUCUCGUACACGUGGGGCGACCAGGCGCGGACGCGGGAGAUCGCGGUGGACGGGGCGCGGCUGGCGAUCACGGCGAAUCUGCACGCGGCGCUGGUCGGGCUGCGGGCGGCGGCGGCUCUGAUGCGGCGCAUCUUCGCCGCGGCGGCGUCGGUGGUGGUGUGGCUCGGCGACGCCGCCGGCGCCGUCGGCGCGACGCUCGCCAUGGCGCUCGACUGCAGCUGGAGCCGCGGCCGCCGCAGCCUCUUCGAGCACGGCGCCGAGCCCGUCCGCGGCCUCGCCGAGCUCUUCCGCCGCCCCUGGUGGCGCCGCAUCUGGAUCGUCCAGGAGGUCGUCGCCGCCCGCGAGCUCGUCGUCCUCCUCGGCCCCACCGUCCUCCCCUGGCGCAUGCUCGGCAGGCUCUGCGCCGAGAUCCAGGCCUCCGAGUUCCUCGCCCACCCCCUCGCCCCCGCCCUCCACGCCUGCGGCUACCAGAGCGGCCGCACCAUGCCCCUCGCCAGCGACCCGCGCGACAAGCUCUACGCCCUGCUGGGCAUGGCGUCCGACCCGGUCCAGGACGUGUUCGUCGACCUGGUGCGCUUCAUGGCCGUGCACCGCCGCAGCCUCGACAUCCUCGCGUCGGCGCGGCUGUCGGCCUCCCGCGGCGGCGCCGCCCCGAGCUGGCUCCCGGACUGGGAGGGGCCCGACGCGCUGCGGCCGCUGAACAGCGAGGAGCCCGGCGGGCACUUCUACCGCGCGUCGAGCCACACCGAGGCCGUGGUGGACCUGGCCUCGUUCCCGGCCAACCUCGGGGCGCGGGGCGCGGUGGUGGACACGAUCGACGCGUUCGGCAGCGCCCGCUGGAAGGGCAUCGCGGCCGAGAACCUCAACCGCACCACGAUGCGGCUCUUCGAGCGGACCAUCGGGUCCUUCGGCAAGGGCUUCGACGACUUCCUCGACGGCAGGACGCGGUCCCAGUUCGCCCAGCGGUUCUCCGACGCCGUGGCGCGGGCCGUCGUGGGCCGCCGCUUCUUCGUCACCAAGAACGGGCGCAUGGGCCUCGGCCCGCCCGAGAUCCUGCCCAGGGACCGCGUCGCGAUCCUCAUGGGGUGCCAGGUGCCGCUCGUCCUGCGCGAGGUCGGCGACGACGCCGACAGCAUGGUCGUCGUCGGCGAGGCGUACGUGUCGGGGUUGAUGAACGGCGAGGCCGUGGCCGACAUGCUGGAGAAGGAAUCCGGCACGAGGAUCAUCAUACUGAAAUGA